AUGGCCAGAACGACAGAAAAACGGAGUCGAGAUAGCGACGAAAAAGCAGAAGAAGACCCCCCGACCCAAGAGCCAACAAAGCGACCCCGGUUCAGCAUAGAUGAACUGCUCCAAGUCGCCUGCCCGGCCGGAACUUCAGCGGACGAUAGCCCAGCGCCGAGCCCGGCCGACGGAAGCGUCGAUGCGAUUGAGGAUGCCGAUGAUGUUUCGCGGCAUCCCAUAGAUUUUACAGUGUCCUCAUCGAUCCCGUGCACCGAUUCGCUGCGCGCCCUCGAGUGCCGACUAGAAGGCGGGGAUUUGUGGGCCCGUUUCCACGACCUGGGCACGGAGAUGAUCAUCACAAAGAGUGGAAGACGCAUGUUCCCCACGGUAAAAGUAAGCCUGAACGGUGUGGAUCCGGACGCGCUCUACUACGUCUUCCUCGACGUCGUCCCCGUCGACAAUAAGCGGUAUCGUUACAUCUACAACAAGUCGGCCUGGCUGACGGCCGGAAAAGCCGAGCCGACACCGAAAGCACGGGUUUAUCUACAUCCGGAUUCGCCAUUCACUGGAGAACAGCUCGCCAAGCAAGUCGUCUCCUUCGAAAAGGCGAAGCUGACGAACAACGAGGUCGACAAGGCCGGCCAUCUAAUCCUCAACUCGAUGCACAAAUAUCAGCCGAGAGUCCAUGUGGUGAGGCGGGAUCGGAGCAGGCCUCUUGAUGCCUCGGCCAGCCACGCAACCGCCACGGCCACAGCUGCGAUGUUGCAAGCCGAGCCCCAUCGAACUUUUGCCUUCCCGGAUACGCAAUUCAUGGCCGUGACGGCGUAUCAGAAUCAGUUGAUCACAAAACUGAAGAUCGAGAAGAACCCAUUUGCGAAGGGAUUCCGCGAUCCGAGUGGCCGAUCCCCCGACUAUGAUGGUGAAUCGAAAUGUGAGCUGCCGCCAUUCCUGUUGCCCUCCCUCUACAAUCCCGCCCUUCUUCAGCAGGCCCUGCUCGGGCAAUAUUGGCUAAACAAGCCGAACCCGCAGCGUCCACUCCUCAAUCCCGGCAUGUUGUCCCAAAUGCUGUUGACGCAAUUCCCCCUCGGCAUCAUCCGGCCGCCCGGUGUCCCUCUCGACCCGCCUGCCCAGCCAAAGCCCCCGCCUGUCGUC